GAAACAUUGAUUUCUUGGUAUUGGUGCUGGGACGAGGCUGCCCCGUGGGACGCUGCGGGGAUGGUUCUCGACUUCAAACUGCCCCUUCCCUGGUUUGGUUGAGCCUGGCAGUUGACCAUGGCUGGAAUCAGAUUCUGGGAACAACCUGUAUUAUCACUAGUUAAAAUUUUGGGAUUUUGCUUUUGCAAAAAUUUACUACAGCAACUGCCCACAUCAAAACCGACAUUUUAAGAGCAUUUCACUGGCUUCAGUCCUUUUUGGGGAGUCGUUGGUACGAUUGCACCACUACCACGAUCCAAGACAUCUCUCACACUCAGGGACUUGCCCUCACCAAGAUGGCGGCGGAGAGAUCCCACCGGCUACUUUACGGCGUUUAUUUUUUUGCGACAGCGGCUCAGCCGGAUCUGGUUUCCGCUUGUGUGGCAGCAGCUUCCACGAACAGCGUUGAAUGAUUGGGACAUCCCUGAAUUAAAAUUGGUUUGAAUCCUUUAAUCCAUGUAAAAUGGACUUUUCAAAGUUCCUGGAUGACAACUUUGAUGUGAAGGACUGGGUGAAUGGGGCUUUCAAAACAGUUCAAAAGGAAGCCCCAGGGAAGGUCGACAGUCACGCUGCUACUCUGGUGAUGAAGUUGCAGUUGUUCAUUCAGGAGGUGAAUAAUGCAAUAGAAGAAACUAGCCAUCAGGCUUUGCAGAACAUGCCCAGAGCUCUCCGAGACAUGGAAGCUCUGAAACAGGAAGCUUCCUUCUUGAAGGAACAAAUGAUUCUUGUCAAGGAAGAUAUUCGAAAAUUUGAACAGGACACUGCACAAUCCAUGCAGGUUUUGAUUGAGAUUGAUGAAGUGAAGUCAAGAAUGCAGAUGGCCUCAGAGGCACUGCAGGAGGCAGACAAGUGGAGUACACUCAGUGCAGACAUUGAAGAAACACUGAAGUCACAGGACAUUGAGGCCAUCUCAGCCAAGUUGACCAGUAUGCAGAACAGUCUUGCGAUGCUCGUGGACACGCCUGACUACUCUGAGAAAUGCGUUCACCUAGAGGCACUGAAGAAUCGGCUCGAGGCCAUGGCUAGUCCACAGAUCGUAGCAGCAUUCAACUCCCAGUCUGUUGAUCAGGCCCGCCUUUUCGUCAAAGUGUUUCUGGCCGUGGAUCGAAUGCCUCAGCUCCUAACCUACUACUAUAAAUGUCACAAGGGCCAGUUGGUUUCCGUGUGGCAGGAACUUUGCCAGAGUGACCUCAGUCUGGAUCACCAGCUCAGGGAGUUCUAUGAUACCCUCUUGGCAACAUGGCACUCCCAAGUACAAUGGACCUGUCAGGUCUUCAGGAACCCUUAUGAGAUUGUUACGGUGCUGCAGAUCCAAACGCUGGGGGCCAUUGUUCCUUCAAUCCCUGUUUGCCUCAGCACAGCGAUAGAGAAGGCGAGCCAGGAGGACAAGCUGAGUGUGCUGCUGGAUCUCCAUGACAGCACCGCUCACUUUGCCAAGGGCCUGGAGGCAGCAAUGUUACUGCACCUGGGUGAGACCAACCUGGUGAAAGUUACAGAGCUAGUUGCAGCAAUCCACAGCCCUUAUGUGCCAUAUCAGCUGCAGUAUGGUGAUCUCGAGGGUUCAAACCUGCUCAUCCAGAUCAGUGCCAUCCCUCUGGAGCGUGGAGAACUGAUCGACUCAGUGCAGGAGCUCAACCAGUCAGUGAAUAAACUCUUCAGCCUGGCUGGAGGCGCAGUGGAUAGAUGCGUGAAACUAACUGAUGGGCUUGCAUUUUGCGGCUUGCUAAAAGCUCUCAAGGGUCUCUUCUCAAAGUAUGUGUCUGACUUUGCCAGCACUCUGCAGUCCAUCCGCAAGAAAUGUAAACUGGAGGAAGUUUCCAAUGGAUCCUUGUUCCAGGAAGACUGGACUGCUUUCCAGAACUCUAUCAGGAUUAUAGCGACCUGCGGUGAACUAUUGCGACAGUUUGGAGAUUUUGAACAGCAACUCUCCAACAGAAUACUAUCCACUGCAGGGAAAUAUUUAUCAGAAUCGUACAGUCCACGUAGUUUGACUGGCAUACAAGAAACAAGCUGCUCUGACAAAAAAUCCUCCACUAAGAAUCCUUGGCAAGAAUAUAAUUACUUACUGAAGGGAAAUCAGAGUGAAUAUGCCAGUCUAAUGGAAAUGCUUUAUACAUUGAAGGAAAAAGGAACAGGAAACUAUAACCUGCUGUCAGAGCCUCGAGCAGCUCUGGCUCGGCUCAACCAACAGGCACAUCAGCUCGCCUUUGACUCUGUGUUCCUCCGCAUCAAGCAGCAGCUCGCACAGGUGCCUAGGAUGGAGACCUGGAAUGCAGGGACAAUGGGAGAGACACUGACUGAGGAUCUUCCAACGUUCAGCCUUGCUCCCCUUGAAUACAUCAGCAAUAUUGGGCAGUAUAUCAUGUCCCUGCCUCUGCAUCUGGAGCCCUUUGUAACACAGGAGGAUACGGCACUUGAGCUGGCACUGCACUCUGGAAAGCUUCCGUACCCUCCAGAGCAAGGAGAUGAGGUACCAGAACUGGACAAUAUGGCUGAUUACUGGCUAGGCUCCAUUGCCAGGGCAACAAUGCAUACUUAUUGUGAAUCCAUUCUGCAGAUCUCAGAGCUUACCCCACACGCAACCAAGCAACUUGUCACAGACAUUGAUUACCUCAGCAAUGUAAUGGAUGCUCUUGGCCUGCAGCCAUCCCGAACUCUGCAGCAGAUCGCGACAGCCUUGAAAGCAAAGCCUGAGGAAUUCAGACAAGCAGCAAAGGGGCUCCCACGGAGAUUGACUGGUGCAAUCACAGCCAUGAGGAGCAUCCAGUACUGACCAACAGCUAUACUUCUGCAGAGAUGUUCUGGGAACACUAUUAACAAAUACAGUCUGCUUCAUUCUUAUUGAGGAAGACUAUCGGCACUGAGUAUCUGAUGUGGAUUCCACGCUCAAUCUCCAGACAAGUUAAAAGGGCCAGAAUUGGUAAUUAGAGUAUUGCAAGUCCCCUGAUAACUGGGUUAGGGAGGACAAAAUUAAACAGCACCAUAAUCACUAUCUAUAGACAACCCACUCAACCCAGUGUCAGAGGUAUAUUCGCCCUUGAAUGUUUGAGCUUGGAGGAUAGUAUCUGGAUCAGAGUGAUCCUGGAUAGCCUCUUCUGCUUACUUGACUGAAAAUGAACCAUAGGAGUGCCUUCAGAGGUGACCCAAAGAGUCAAAGUCUUCUAAAGUGAUGGUAAGGAAACUGGCAAGAAGAGAUUAAAUGUUAAGAAAAUAUGAGCGCAUUUCAAGUGUGCUAAUACACUUUCUCAGGUGGGACCUCAAAGUCCUCCUGACUAGAUUCACUUUACUCACGGUAAAUUACUUUGGGGAGAGGGAGUUCCAGUGGCCCUUCUCACAGCCCACCUCUACACUGGCUGAGCAACAAAAGGAGAGUGUACGACCUCACCAAAACUAUGCAGGGCAGAAAGACAAGCCUGUAUGAUACUAUAUUGAGGGCUAGUGGUAUAAUGAGACGUGAUCUGCAUGGACUGCAGUCAUUGGGUAAUGAAUCGGGAUUGGGGUAUUUAUAUCUUGUUGGCAUUAAGAAAUGGAAUAAAUCAUUUUUCU